AUGUCCACUUCCACGUCCAGCGGCAGCAAAAUGGCUGUGAUGGAUCGCGAUCUUUGCAGUCUUAUGGUGGAGAUGCCCUCCGAAAAAGUGUCUGUACGCCAGAAAGCUUUCAACAAGAUGAACACCAUCCUCAGCAACCGAGAAGAAGACUUCUUGGCCUACAUGUCGUCCGAUUCGUUCGAAACGGCGUGGAGUGCUUUGUUUGAUGCUGUUUAUCACGGCAUCCAGAAGCAGAGCUAUACCGCAGCGAGCAAGGGACAGCCGCAGAGCAAAAAUUACGACUAUGUCGUGGUACUACAUAAGCUCAUUGAAUUGGCGAUGGAUCGAGAGGAGGGGCCGCAGCUUUCGUACGGUCAGCUGAUUAGAUGUUGUGUGCACGCGAUGUCGGAUCAGGCAUUGCGGGAGGGCUUCGGAAUGUGCUUCCUGCAGGCGUUGCAAAAAUUCGUGCUUUCCUCUAGGUGGAGCUUAACGACGGUGAGCUACGAACAAUGGAAAGAUAUUCUGGACGGAUGUUUCGUGAUGAUGGAUUCCUCACAAGCGGCAAGGUAUACUGCUGCAAGUUGCCUUUCGCUAGCGGUGGUGAAAUUUCUAAACAAUUGCUCGAUGUCCACUUUGCUAGCCACCUAUCUGACUCGUUUGAUGGACCACAUUCGCCAAACGGCAAAUGAGAAGAAGAGCAAUGUUCUUUACGAACUCAUUAAUACGGCUUUAAACGUUAUCCAGGCGAUUGCAGUAGAUUGUAAGAGCAAGAUAAUCCAGUUCAUGGAGGCUCUCGUUCCAUACACGGUGAAGAUUUACAAGGAAGGCAAUCUUCGCAAUGAACAGAAAAGUGUACUGUUCCGGCUGAUGCACCUGUCGUUGAUCGUUUUGUAUCCGGAAGGCAAGUCACACGUUCACGUAAAAAGACUUACGAAAGAUUGCCCCCGGCCUUCCGAGGAUGAGGAAGUGUUUAGAAAAACGUUGCGUGAGUACCACUAUAUUGUGACGAGUGAGAUGAAGGUUCGGGAACUGUCUUCCUCGUCACAAGGCGCUAAGGACAGCGUUCUGCUUUGUGAUGGUUUUGUUCAUUUUGCUGCUCGUCUGUGUUAUACGGUUUAUUGGAAUGAGGAUAAUUGGAAGGAAAGCAACAGUGAUGAGUCGGCCGUUAAGAGAAACAAGCAGUUCAACAAACUUCAAAGUAUAAUGGAUAUGAUCGUUGCAGCCCCGAAUCACUACAAUAUACGUUGGAUGUUCAUCUUAUCAGCGGUACUCGAUAGAUACGAGGCUGCUAUUAGCGCUGAAGACUACAUGCGUCUGCUGCAGCUUUUAUGUAACAUACAACCAACAUUACAAUCUGUGCAAGAGCAUAAUGCUUUUUACCGAUGUUGUUCCGAGCUGCUCAACUUCGAAAGUAAACCAGCCUACAAAGCAAUCGCCACAAUAUUCAAAGCUGAACAAAUGGAACUGUGGAACAAAAUCGUAGCUUGCACAUUCCGUGGAUGUACCAACACCGCUGCCCGAACGUGCAGUGAAUCGAACCUAUUGCUUCAGCUGCUGAUACGCCACCGGAAAUAUCCUAACAUUAGCUUCCUAAAUGGUACCGUGCUGGAAGCUUUUUACACCUCUGCGGUGGAGAAAACGAACCCCAACGUUGGUACAGUGUUGAGCAUACUGGACACGGUAGGGAAUGUAGAAUGUUUGGGCAGUGUGGACGCUGUACUUACGAAACUGUUCAACUACCUUUACCUACAAACGCAUGAAACCAAAUCCAAAGCAAUAUUUAACGCAAAGGAACAAUUAAGUGCGAAGCUGUUGGCACAAAUUUCUAUUCUAGCCGUGGUAACGAAGCGUUCUGAACCGAAACAGGACAAGGUACGGAACGUGGACAAGGCACAACAGGCUGUUUUGCAUGAAAGUUUGUAUCAAGAACAAGACGAACAGCUGCAAGCUUUAGAGCAACGGCUUCGUCUACAUAGUCUGGACGAACUGAUGCUGGUGGAAGAACGCCCGAAGCGAAAGAACGAUUCACAGCCGAUCGAGAGAAUCUACUACAACAUUAACGACGCAUUAUUCGCGCGUCUCUGUGAACUAGUAAAUUUUGAAAAAAACAUACUGCCGGAUGAUGAUAAUCUUCUAGUUCAUCGUUUAAUAUGCAUCUGCUACGAUCUAGAGCUGUAUCUGCAAAUGUUGAACGUGCUGCUACUCCACGAAGCGUACAACGAACAGCAGUGUAACAAAAGCCCAUUCUACAAAAAGGUACUGCUAAAGUUCGAUCAAUUAAACGCGGGGUUCGAGCGAUUGUUGCGCGAUGCGUCGUUAAAUGAAAACAAAACGGGUAUUAUCGCUGAUCGUUUGCUAGCACUAAUUCGUGGUCCGUAUCAUCCAACAAUCAAGAAGUUGCUACAGAAAACGGAACAUACGAUGAUUUUGCGCUGGACGAUCGGCCAGAUUGAUCUCGCCGAAGGUGAAGAUUCACAGUACGUAACGGUGGUGGAGGAAGAUCAACUUUCUUCCUAUCAGCGCUGUCGUCGAUGUUUGCAUCACGUCUUGGCAGAAUAUCUACAGUACGAUGGGCCAAGUGCGAAUGAAGUUCACGAUCUGCUGGACAAGUUGGGGCUUAAUGUGUACAACAGUUUGGAUUUGUUCUACCUGUUCGAUUUGUGUCGUAUUUUGCUGAAACAAGCUUCACAUGAGCUGGUCGCAGUUUGGGUGCUUCGGAACAUAGUGGAAGUUUGCAAAAUCCAUUACACCAAUCCGAGCAUUACGGAGAUGAUUAUGGAUUUAUAUGCAGAUUUAGCUUCUUUUGUAAGCCCAUAUGAAAACAUGAUACGCAAUGUAACGAUCGUACUGUAUUCGUUUGUAAAGCAGUGCGCCAAGCAUACGUACUCUAACGCGCUGCAGGUUAAGAUAUUUGCCCAGGUCAAGUAUCUGCUCCGAGCCUAUCCGCAACACAUCCGCACCCAAGCGCACGAAAGCAUUUACACUGGUUUGGUGCCACUUCUAAACAAUCCAAGCUAUUGCGUCAAGUUAGAAGCAGUUAGAAACAUAUUGCAUUUUAUGAAACACGAUUGGGCGCACAGUGAUGUUGCGUCCAUUCCAUCCACUUUUUAUGAAUUUCAAAUGGAGCUGUAUGAUACGAUCGAUUUCGAUGAGCUGAUACGUAAUACAAAAGAAGCCGAACGGGUUAACGUUAUUAGUUGCUGUCUCCAGUUGCUAUUUGGAAUAUUCCACUCGAACUUUAUGCUACGGCGCAGAGCUCUGUGCGAUUUUGUACUGCUUAUCCAGUUGGGAAAUGUAAACGAUGAUAAAAUUGCACACACCAUACAAAUCACUUCCCGUACCAGCGAUUUAGACUUCAGAAAGCUACUCCAAUCGAAUCUCGACUCCGUGUUGGAACAGUGGCUUACCAAAGGAAAUAGAUUGUUAGAUUUUCCUUACCGAUUAGUUGGAAAGAUCGCUUCCAUCGAAGAGUUUGUGCAGCAGUAUAAGAAAAGCAUUGCCUUCGUCAUCCUGAGCAUGCAGCCGGACCUGUUCGAACAGUUCUGCCAAUCUGUCGGCUUACAGCAAACAGAAAUGGUGAAGAGUAUACUGCCGAAAUGUGUGUCGUUUCUCCUACCAAAAUACACCAAAUGUACAGAAAUGACCACCAAGUACAACACGAUGGCCAGUCGCAUGCACAAGGCACUUGCACCUUUUCUCAGCACGGUAGAUUUGAAAGAGCACGUGUCAGAAAUCAUUAAACAUCUCACCUACCGCCUGAACCAAAGUGAUGAGCUGGGAAAGCUGACCGAUCUAGACCUUCCCAGCUGCUCAACUGAUGAUCUGUCCAUUAGCAUACCCACCUACACAAAAGCACUGGAGCAUUUAAAACAGUCCGUUUGGGGAUCACAAACGAUCAAGUUUACCUUGUUAAGCAAUCUGUGUUUAAAAAAUAGUUCCGCAAUCGAACGGACCCUAAUGGAAGUAAAACGAUGGAUGUGGGCUGCUGAAGAACCGGAGCAAAAAAUGAUCCACCUGCUUCAGUACACCAUUCUGCUGGAUCAGCUAAAGGAGUACAUCGAUCAGCAGAAGGAACGUACAUUUAAACCGUACCUGGUGCGUGAUGUGGUUUGCUUCCUGUGCAAUACACUGUCAACAUUUCCUGCGCUACGCUUAGCCACACUGAACAGUUUCGAUCGGUUUCUUGCACAUGUGGUAACAUCGGCCGAUGCAUCCGAGCUACUCUCCGAACAGUUGCAUUUCAUCGUAUCAUCGCUGCUGGAGGUGGAAAGUGUAGAUCCUUCGUCGAACAUUUCGAAUAAAGCGCUCUCAAUGUUACGGUUUUUAAUUUUACAACACACAACCAUAUUUGGUGACGCUAUCGGUAAUCUCAACUACUUGCCAUGUGACAAGCGCUUCGAUGAACUGCGGUUGAUGAUUACGCGCCAAAAAACGGUUGGCCAUGAAAGUUUGCUGCCUGGUGAGGAAAUUUCUGCCCUCAUUGAGCUGCCCAACAUCAGGUACGAAGAUUUAGCUGCUUUAAAAAUUAUGCUAACUACGAAAAAGACUGAUCUGAAGCGGUUGUGCGACGAAUUGUCCGACCAGUGUUCGUCCUCGUUUGCUAGCGACGAAAGCAUCCUACAUCGGUUGAUAUACAUUUUACUAGAAGUUGUGCGAAAUUCUCCAUUUGAUAAGCGCUCGAUAGAGGCUCUCCGGUGUUUAGGAGAAAUAGGACCGAUUGAUUUGGGCACAAUGUUACUCAAGUCCGAUGCAGAAAUGAUUGCAUACGACACGAUCAAUAAUUCCAAGGAAGCAAUCGAACAGUGCGUCGAUGUUUUGCUGAGCGAGCUGAAUGUAUUGCUGACGAGUAAAAAAAUGUCCGUGGCAAACAUGGCUUCCCUAGUUUGCUAUAAAUUGCUAUUCGGCAAAACAUUCCACGCAUUGGCGGCAAAGCUUCCAACUCUUUAUCCAUUUUUGGGCACUUCUCAGGAAGAAGUAAAACUAUUCUCGUACACAUCGGGUCGGGAUUUGAAUUUGCAGCCGAUUCUUGUCCAUGAGCGACUCAUCUAUCCCGUGUUUGUUCAGCAGUUAUCUACAGCAUUAUUAGCAUUUUUGGGUAAUACGAUGCUUAAAAAGUUGACCGAACAGGAAACUACAUUUGCAGAAAAGAUCAUCCCAUUGCUAGUACAGAUAGCGAUCAAGCAAUUUGAAGAAUCGGUUAUCGAAAAAAUGGGCAAUUUUAUUAACGAUUUUUUCUCCAAAUUCGACCUCAUUCGAAGCGACCCAAAUCAGCAUAAUAUCUUCAACGAUCCCAAAGCAAUACAACUAAUGCUUACGAUUGUGGAAUGCGCCAGGAUCCAUAAUCAGCUGUUUCCACAGUAUAAAAUCCCCAUUAACUAUCUACCGGUAGCGCAAGCCUCCCAAUUCUGUCAGGCACACUUUAAAGCGAUCAUGUACGGUGAGCAAUGGUAUCGAGAGGAGGAUGAAAUGGGGAACGCUGAUGCGAAAAGGCAUACCAAACUGCUGGAUCUUAUGAAGCAGUGUCAUCUGGCUAUCGGUGUAAAUGAUGCUGUUCAAUCUUUCCUAAAUCCAAUCCAGGAACGGAUAGAAUACUAUCGCCUGGAGCAAAAUUAUGGCAAAUGUUUGGUUAUGCAGGAUGCUACUUCAGCGUGGCGAGAUAACGCCCGGGAAGGUACUAGCUGCACCAGUGCUCAGGAAGGCUUUUUGCAAACGCUUAAAGAUUCUUGUCUGUAUGGAUUGGCAAGAUCAUUCCACGUCGCACCACAGCAGAUGAUCGAUUACGAAUGUGCGUGGCGUUUAUCGGACUGGAACGUUGUUAUUGACACUGACGGCACGGAUGCAAUGGGAACUAUUAGCACAACGAAUGGGCUGCAGCUGCAAUCACGCUUCUUCGAGCGUGCCCACUAUACAGCUCUCAAGUGUUUGCAGUUGCGUGAUGAGGUGGCGGUGGACAGUGCGAUCAUUGAGGCUCGGCGCGCCGUUAGUGAAAUUUUCAAGCUUACCAGCAUUGAAUCGACCAAACACAUUUACCACGGUAUGUGUCGUUUGCGUAUGUUGCAGCAGAUAGAAGACUUUGGGGAAAUUCAUUUUGCCAAACAGAUCGAUUGCGAGCAGGAUAUGAUGCAGAAGUGGAAGCAACAGGACGAACUUCCGCACAGUGAAUUUACGCUGAUGGAAUCGAUUCUUUCGCAGCGGUUGUCCAUUUUUACUACUGCCGGGAUUCGGGCGAAACGUAACUGGAUUCCACCGGCUGUCUACAGCACGCUGUUGCUCUUGAUUCACGAAUCGCGCCUUAGAGGAUACGACGAUUGUGCGAUACGAAAUGUGGCACUGAUCGGCAAGGAGGAAAUGGUGCCAGCCAACAUUCAAUCGGUCGUAAUGCUUGAGAACGCUCAGCUCAAUUGGUCGUCCGGUCAUCGGUUGGUGGCACGUGAACUUGCCUGGGAAGUAAUGACUAACAACAAGUACAACGAUCCGAUGGUAAAGGCGGUCGCGUUUAGACUUUACGGCGAGUUUCAGGCUGAGGGUCACUUGCAAGAGAUCAAGUCGCUUUGUACCGAUUACUUCCAACAGGCGGAAAAGUGUGUCAACUAUGUACAUUCCAAGCAGGGUGCAGGCAACGAUCAGAAAGCACCUUCCGGCACGAUUCCUUCCAGUCAUCGUUGUUUUGAGGUGGAUCGUAACUAUACCGUUCAGCAUACGGUCGCCAAAUACGCGGAUCGAGAAUUUGUUCGGCUUAGCAAAUUUGUUCGCUCCCAGGAAUGGGAAGCGCGUAAAAUCAACCUGGCUCGUAUGGAGGAGGAAGCGGUACGUCUAAAAGCGGAAGCCGCCAGCGCCACCGAUCAACGGCGUAAGGAUCUCGGUCGAUCGCUUCACUUUAUGCACAAAAACCUACAGCGCGAUAAAAAAGCCGCGGAAGAGGUGGAACAGAGCCGAGGGGAUUAUUUGAAUCUGGCACUCUGCUACUAUUUGAUGUACGCUAAGCAAACGACGAUCGUGAGCGAUAUGGUGAUAUUUCGGAUCAUUUCACUCUGGCUGAACAAUCAGGAUAAUAAGAAUGCGAAGGAUUUAAUCGAAGAAUCGUUACUGAGCAUUCCUUCGUAUAAAUUUAUCGCCGUACUGCCACAGCUCACACCGCGAGUAGGAUUGGACAGUGUCGUUGGUGCGUUGGUACAGAAAGCACUGGUACGAUGUGCGCUGGAUCAUCCACAUCACACGUUGCCGUUCGUGUUUGCUCAGCUGCAUGCCUUCAAGGAUCAACCGGAUGAUGAGACACCUGCCAACGACAACCGUUUGCUAGGCGUUAGAGAGGUGUACAAAAAGCUGAAGAAAGAACCAACCCUUGAGCAAAUGUUGCAACAGUCCGAAAGAAUGAAUCUCGCCCUAAUCGAACUAGCCAACAAAACUCUUUCCAGCAGUCCAUCUUUCCGCGAGUACACCAUGACCAAGCGUGAUCCAUUGGGAUUGUUAGACAAUUUGGAUCUCGUCCAUUGUCCCACGGUAGAACUGCCCGUCAUAAAGGACGGCAACUAUCGUUCCCGGAUCGUAGGCAUCAAGCGCUGGGAUCCCAAAGUGAUCGGCGUAGGUGGAAUAAAUGCACCGAAAAAGCUAACCUGCCUGUGUUUGAAUGGUACGAAACGAACACAACUACUGAAGGGAAAGGAUGAUAUGCGCCAGGAUGCAGUAAUGCAGCAAGUAUUCGGAAUACUGAACAUUUUGCUACGCCACGACAAAGAAACGGCACACCGGAAGCUGUCCGUCCGUACGUACAAAGUGGUACCGUUAUCGAGACAGAGCGGAGUAUUGGAGUGGUGUAACAAUACGAUGCCGAUCGGUGCUUGGUUGCUCACCGGGCAUGUCAAGUACCGGCCACAGGACAUCGAACCGACUGCCGCAAGGAAAAAGUAUGCCAAUAACGCUCAAGCGGGCAUGACGGUGGACAAAAAGCUGCAAAACUAUUUGGACCUUUGUAACAAAAUACGGCCCGUCUUUCGGCACUAUUUCCUCGAGCAAUAUCUCAAACCGGGCGUAUGGUUUGAACGGCAGCAAAAUUACAUCAAAAGUGUGGCCGCCAGUUCGAUGAUCGGCUAUGUGCUAGGGAUUGGUGAUCGACACGUGCAAAACAUCCUGAUCGACAAGCUAACCGGGGAAGUGAUACACAUCGACUUUGGUAUUGCGUUUGAGAUGGGAAAAAAUUUACCCACACCAGAAACGGUCCCGUUCCGACUGACACGGGAUAUCGUGGAUGGAAUGGGGAUCAGCGGCGUUGAGGGGGUAUUCCGAAAAUCAUGUGAAAAAACACUUGAAGUGCUGCGGAACAAUCAGACGAUAAUUCUCGCCAUUUUGGAAGUUCUAUUGUACGAUCCGCUCUACUCGUGGAACGUUCUGUCAAACAAGAAAGCGAAUCGUCGUCAACAGCAAGCUUACCUCACAAGCGGAUCGGAUGAUGAAUCGGAAGAAGCGAUCGGAUUAUCGAUCCGACGAGACAUCAAUGUAACGGCCGAGCGUACCCUGAUGCAGGUGGAGGAGAAACUACUCGGCCAGGAAGAUAACAAGUACAUCUCGGUCGAAGGUCAGGUGCAGAUGCUGAUCUUCAGCGCUACCAACAAGCGUAAUCUCUGCCAAGUGUUUGCUGGAUGGCAACCUUAUCUGUAGGCAUUAUAUGUG